AAAUUCUUCUAAAAAUGAUUGAAUUGCCUUAUCCUUAUGGUCAUUUAGAAAUUUACAAUAUGAUUCAAGAAGUAAUUGAAGAUUGGAAACUUGAUAAAAAAAUUAUCGCAAUUUUAACUGAUAAUGGAGCAAAUAUUAAAGCUGCUAUUGAAAAUAUUACUCAUGGCCUUAAAACAAUUGAAGUUACAAUUAAACAAUGCAAAGAAUUAAUUGCACAUUUAUCUAAAGCUCAAAAAGCAACAGGCAUCCAAAAUCCAGUUGAUAUAAUUAAGCCUAUUGAUAUUAGAUGGAAUUCAAUAUAUUUUGCUUUAGAAUGGUUUAUUCUUUUAAAGAGACCUAUUCAUUGGUUAGAAAAUACAUUAAGUAAUAGUGCUUGUUAUGAAAGUCAUAGAGAAAGAACUAAAUUACAAGAAUUUAUACCUUUAUUAUCUGCAUUUGAAACUCUUUCAAAAUUAAUUCCUCUUCUUAAACCUUUUGAAAAAACAACAUGA